CAAACAAGAAGCGAACUCAAAAUCCUUCUCAACACAUGGCAAACAAGAAGGAAACUCAAAGUCCUUCUCAACUCACAGAAAACAAGAAGAGAACUCAAAAUCCUUCUCAGCACACAGCAAACAAGAAGCGAACUCAAAAUCCUUUUCAACACACAGCAAACAAGAAGCAAAUCCUUCUCAACACACAGCAAACAAGAAGGGAACUCAAAAUCCCUCUCAACACACAACAAACAAGAAGAGAACUCAAAAUCCUUCUCAACACACAGCAAACAAGAAGCGAACUCAAAAUCCUUCUCAACACACAACAAACAAGAAUGGAACUCAAAAUCGCUCUCAAGACACAGCAAACAAGAAGGGAACUCAAAAUCCCUCUCAACACAAAGCAAACAAGAAGGGAACUCAAAAUCCUUCUCAACACACAAACAAGAAGGGAACUCAGAAUCCUUCUCAACACACAGCAAACGAGAAAGGAACUCAAAAUCCUUCUCAACACACAACAAACAAGAAGGGAACUCAAAAUCCUUGCCAAAAAGAUGGAAAGAGGGGGGGGGGAAGCAAUGCAUGA